AUGGUUACCCCAACCCUGGCCAACACACCCACCAUUUCCACGUCGUAUGUAGCUCGUGAUAACAAUUUCCCGCUCCCUACCCUGCUGGUGGCCAAUGUCCGUUCUAUAAUUAAUAAAAUAGACGAACUAGAGGUGGUAGCUCAAAUUAACCAAGUUGAGGUCAUAUGCAUUACUGAAUCUUGGCUUAACACCUCUGUUGUGGACUCAAUGAUUUCGUUAUCGAACUUCAUCCAAUUCAGAAAUGAUCGCACAUACUCCUGCGGUGGCGGCGUUUCCAUUUAUAUUAAAGAAGAAAUUUACUGUAGGAGGCUCGAGCAUUUCGAGGAUUCAGCCAUUGAAUCCCUAUGGUUACUACUUAGACCUAAGCGUUUACCAAGAUCUAUAUCCGCUCUUCUACUUGCAGUCAUUUACCACACCACCUCCUCCGGCGCCAACGAGAACUUUGAACUGUACAACCAUAUCCAGCGUAAUGUUGAAUCCUUCCUUUCUCUGCAUCCUGAUGGUCUCGUGUUUGUGACUGGGGAUUUUAACCCUGUCAGUACAUUAUUUGAUGAAAAACGGUUGAAAAGAUUGUCCGGUUUAACUCAAAUUAUUAAUGUCCCAACACGUCACAACGCCAUAUUGGAUUGGUGUCUCACAAAUGCCAAGAAAGUCGUUUUUGAUGUAAGCCAGCUUCCUCCUAUUGGCUCGAGCGACCAUAAUGCCAUUUUAAUAAAAUCCCAUAAAGAUCGUCUGGAGAAUUCGUGUAAUAAACGAGUAUGCAAAAGAGAUUUAAGAGAUAGCAGUAUAAGACAUUUUGGUCAGACUAUUACAUCUACCGAUUGGACGGAGAUAUUCGAAAUACCUGAUCCUAACAUGAAGUACCGGAGAUUUAAUGAGGUAGUUUCUGCAAUGAUGGAUUGUUUUUUCCCCAAUAAACCAACUAGUGUUAGGGAAUCUGAUAAACCAUGGAUGACGUCAUCGCUUAAGUCCUCCAUUAGUAAGCGACAAAAAUCACUUCAUAAGUACGGAAGAAAUUCACAAGCAUAUAGAUUUUGGCGCAAUAGAGUUCAACGGGAUGUUAAAGUGGCACGUAGAAAGUACUAUGCCAAUUCCGUGCAGAAGUUGAAAAGUGCAAACCCUUCCAGAUGGUGGAAAGAGGUUAAAUCCAUAGGGGGCCUCUCUUCUCGGGAAUCUUGGGUACAUCAACUACUUUCUGAAGUAAACCCCACCUGUGAGGACCUUGCUGAGUCAUAUAACGGAUAUCUUGUUGGACUUACUUCGCAUUUUAAACCCUUGUUAGAAUGCACCGAUGACCAGGAGACAGAAGUUCCCAACCAUCUACUCGUAAAUAUAGGGCAAGUUUAUUCAGUGUUGCGACGUCUUAAAACGACGAAGUCUCCUGGCCCAGACGAUAUCCCAAAUAGGAUCCUGAAAACCUUCGCUUUUGAAUUUGCCCCUAUCAUAAUGGACAUAUACAAUACAUCAGUGCUCCAGGGAGUCUUCCCUGAUCAGCUAAAACGUUCUAUCGUCGUUCCCAUUCCAAAAGUGUCACCACCUCAGACUAUUGAGGACGAUUUAAGACCUAUAUCACUCACAGCUCAGGUAUCUAAAGUGAUGGAAGGAUUUAUGCUACAGUCCCUCAUGUCGGAAGUGGGUCUUAAAUUGGACCCAAAGCAAUUUGCUCUUCCGGGAAAGUCAACCACUCAGGCACUCGUUUAUCUCCUCCACUUGAUUCAUGCUGCUUUAGAUCAAGGCCACUGCUCUGUAAGAAUCCUUUUUUCUGAUUUCAAAAAAGGUUUUGAUCUCGUCGACCAUAAUGUCAUUAUUGAUGAACUUUUAAAAUUACAAGUGAGUCCUGCCAUUAUAAGAUGGAUAAAGUCGUUCCUUACCUCCCGCGAACAGUGUGUUAAAAUCGGACCAUCCUUUUCCUCAUGGAAACCCGUUAACGGUGGCCUACCUCAAGGAAUUAAACUUGGCCCUCUUCUCUUUGCCAUUUUGGUCAAUUCCCUCCUACAGGACUGGAAUGGGCGGAUAAAGUUUGUAGACGAUGCUACUGCACUAGAAAUUGUUCCACGUUGCUCUCCUAGCUUGCUACCUAUUCUCGUAAAUGAUGUAUCUCAGUAUGCCUCAAGUAGAGGAAUGAAGCUUAACAGUAAGAAAUGUAAGGAGAUGACAAUAUCCUUCCUCCAAUACCACCUUCCACUUGAUAAUGCGAUCUAUAUAAAUGGUUUGCCAGUGCAAUCAGUAUCCUCCUUUAAACUGCUCGGUGUGCUACUGAGAGAGGAUCUAUCUUGGUGUGAUCAUGUCGACUAUGUGAUUAAAAAAGCAAAUUCUAGACUCUAUGCAUUGCGGAAGUUAAAAAAGGCUGGGUUAAGCGAUAAAGACCUUGUCACUAUAUAUUCCUCCUUCAUUCGGUCCCGAAUUGAGUACGCUUCACCUGCGUGGUCAUCGCUGACCCAAGGCCAGUCUGACCUUAUCGAAUCGAUACAGAGAAGAGCAUUACGUAUCUUGCUUCCCGAAAUGUCGUAUCAAAACGCAUUGAAUUAUACUGGUCUAAAAAAGUUAAGUACGCGUAGACAUAAUUUCUGUGAACAAUUUAUUCGGAAAUUGAAGCUUGACAAUGGUCCUAUAAAUCCUCUUAAGGAUGUUGUUGCAACUCGUAUACAUCCAAAUACUCAUAAUUAUAAUCUUAGGUCCGAAUCAAGCUGGUCACUCCAAACGAACACAGAACGGUUUCAAAAUUUUAUAACUGUCAAAUAUAAUUAUUAA